UCAGCGUCGUGUCAUCGGUGAAGCAGGAACAGACACCGGUGCUGCAGCAGAGACAGCAGCUGAGGCUGAGACUGACACUGAGGAGAAGUUCACCAACCUUACGUAUCAUCACUAUCAUCAUCAUCAUCUUCAUCGUUCAGCAGCUGCACGAACACAGGACAGCGGUGACAACAUGGAGCAGAAGCGAACUAUCCACUUUGGAGCUGGACCUGCAAAACUGCCUCAGUCCGUGCUGUUGCAAGCACAGAAGGAGCUGCUCGACUACAGCGGCAUGGGCAUCAGUGUUCUUGAGAUGGGUCACCGAUCAUCAAACUUUGACAAUAUCAUGGACAAAUCAGUGAGUCUCCUGCGAGAGUUGUUGAACAUCCCAGCCAACUACAAGGUGCUGUUUCUGCAGGGUGGUGGUUCCGGACAGUUCAGCGCCGUUCCUCUCAACCUGAUCGGCCUUAAAGAAGACAAGUGUGCCGAUUACCUGGUGACCGGCACGUGGUCUGCAAAAGCGGCCAAAGAAGCCGAGAAAUACGGCAAAGUCAACAUUGUCCACCCGAAGCUGGACAGUUACACAAAAAUCCCUGACCCCAGCAGCUGGACUCUGAACCCUUCGGCCUCCUACGUGUACUACUGCUGCAAUGAGACGGUCCACGGAGUUGAAUACAACUUCACACCUGAAACCAGCGGCGUGGUGCUCGUCAGCGACAUGUCCUCCAACUUCCUGUCCCGACCUGUGGACGUGUCCAAGUUUGGGCUGAUUUACGCCGGUGCUCAGAAGAAUAUAGGCUGUGCCGGGGUAACCGUGGUCAUCGUACGAGAGGACUUGUUAGGCCACGCUCUAAAAGAGUGUCCUGUCAUCCUGGACUACAAGGUGCAGGCGGACAUGAACUCGCUCUACAACACGCCACCAUGUUUCAGUAUCUACAUAAUGUCUCUUGUGCUGGAGUGGAUCAAGAGCAACGGUGGCAGCGCAGCCAUGGAAACACUCAACAAGCAGAAGUCCUCCAUGAUUUAUGACAUCAUCAACGCCUCUAAUGGUUUCUAUGUGUGUCCUGUGGAGGAGGCUUGUCGAAGCCGCAUGAAUGCACCAUUCCGUGUGGGGAAGAAAGGAGGAGAUGAUGCCUUGGAAAAGGAGUUUCUGAACGGAGCAUCUGAACGUGGAAUGAUUUCACUGAAGGGACACAGGUCAGUCGGAGGAAUACGUGCAUCUCUGUACAAUGCUGUAACUCUGGAGGACACUGAGAGCCUGGCGGUCUAUAUGAAAGAGUUUCUCAAACAGCACCAAUGAAACAGGCCUUGUGUCACAUGGUGGCAUCGUCACUACAGUAAUGGUAUAAAAAGUUGACCUGUUGUUGAAAUCCAUGUUGGAUCUGUAAGAUGCACCUUUUAGAUGCCUGUUUUGUAACACCUCUUAAUUCUUCUUGAUACAAUUUAACCACUACAGUUACUGUCAGUAAUGUGUUCAUGACACCUGCAAUGAAUUCAUUGACUAAUACUGUGUUGACAUGCUGAUCCUACUUUUUGUUAAUUGUUCAAAAUAUGUUUACAUUUCAGUAAAUCUAACUUGGCAAUA